CACAGAAGUACCGCGUGUGGCCGCGGAGGAGGCCGUCACGUGUCCGGAAACGGCGUAGGGCAGUGUUUCCGGGGGGAGGAGCUUGCAUGUGUGUGGGAUAUAUGGAAAUGUUCAACUUUCAACUUGACAACUUUUGACUUGAACGACGACCGUUGAACGUCGCCGCUUUAGUUGCCUGCACACUUUUCCCGACGUUAGCGAGCGGAGCGGCUAGCUACCUAGCCUGUUAGCUCAUGUAGCUUAGCACUCCCGAGAGCACACGCUAGCCCACCGGAAGUUGGCCUCGUCGGCCGCCGCUGCCGCCGCUGCCGGCCAAUGGGCAGCAGAAGCGGAAGCGAGCCGGACGCGGGGCGCUUUAACGCCACCGAGGUGCUCGAAAGCGGCUCCGAGGACGACGACUCCGCCGAAGACGACCACCCGGCCCGGGCGUCCGCUGGCAGGAGGGGCGUCAAGCGGGAGAGGGACGAGCGGGCGCCCGCCGCCCCGCACCCCGGCGGCGGAAUGCCGGCGGCCAAGCCCGGCAAAAAGACUCGGGGGAGGGUCAAGAUCAAGAUGGCGUUCAUCGACAACAAACUGCGGAGAUACACGACGUUCAGCAAGAGGAAGACGGGCAUCAUGAAGAAGGCGUACGAGCUGUCUACGCUGACGGGCACGCAGGUCCUGCUGCUGGUGGCCAGCGAGACGGGUCACGUGUACACGUUCGCUACGCGCAAGCUGCAGCCCAUGAUCACGUCGGAGACGGGCAAAGCCCUCAUCCAGACGUGCCUCAACUCGCCCGACUCGCCGCCGCGCUCCGACCCGGCGGGCGACCAGAGGAUGAGCGCCACCGGCUUCGAGGAAACCGAACUCGGCUACCAAGUGAGCGAGGCCGCCGACGGGUGCCCCGACAUCGCCAAGGACCUCAACAAAGUGGUGUUCAGCGUGUCCAACACGGCCGCCACCAGCACGCCGUCCACGUGGGUGCGUUCCGGCGCCGCCGACGGGACGCUGCUCAAGACGCCGGCAGGAGUGGUCUUUCCCGCCGGGUUCGCCCUGAUGUCAGGUACGUCGCUGCCCGCCGUCACGCACAUGCCGCAAACCACGCUCUUGCGCCUGCCUGCCACCGUGGCGCUCGCAGGGGGCGGAGUCUCACAGGUGCUAUCUACUAAUCAGAGCAGAUGUGACCUCCUUAGCCCCGCCUCGUCCCCAGCCACCUCAUUGUCAGGCCACGUGACGUGUCCCAGAGGCCGCGCUCUCACGUACGCACCGGCCACACCCUCCCCGGGCGACGCCGGCCUAACCGUCCUCAACGGCCAGUCGCACGAGCCCGCGUCCGUCCCGCAGGUGUUCCUGACGUCGCUCACCCCCGUCGCCGCGCAGAUCCCAGCCUCCGCCGUGCAGCUGCACCAGGUGGUGCUGAGUCAGCAGAAUGGAGAAGGCGGGGCCAGCCUGGCGGCGCUUCAGGUCGUCAGUCUGGACGCGCAGCACGCCAAAGACGACUGAUGCGCGCUCUCGACCGCAACAAGAAGCGGCGUUUAGUUUGAGCCGCACAAUUCCACUGGUCUUCGUCCAGAAAACAAAACAUGUGAUUUGUCAUUUUCAUGUCAUUUACAGUCAACCCCCGCUAAUUGUUCCAGAUCAACAAUCUGCAAUAGAGAACAAAUAUUUAUACCUUACAUGAGUUUUAAACACAUUUAAAUUAAAAAUACUUCUUUGAACACAUUGUAAAUGUAUUUCGGCUCGGCCUGCACAGUGAUUAUUUUAAUGAGACAAAUCUAUUUUUUGAUUAAUCAAUGAAUAGGAUAAAAUAAAAAACACUAAUUUCAAUCCCUUUAUUAAAAAACAGGACAUGAUUUCAAAUAGAGAGUUCGGAAUGCACAAACAUAAAUCGAUGAUUAUGAUUCAGUUUGUGGUUUGGUCCGUCACAUCCGUCAGAAAAUCUGCAAAAUGUUGAAAAUACAAGCAGACGUUUGCAAAAGUCUUGGGUUCAACACAAACAUAAUCGGUCUGCAAACACGGAGGGCGACAGAAAUGGAAAACUUUACCGUUGAGAGGGUGAAAUUCUGAAGUCUCUAAACAAUCGAUUAGCAAAUUCAUCAACUAGUUGUCGAUUAAUCAAUGAAUUGUUGCACCUGUAUUAGAAAUUUUAUAAAUCUCUGCAAGUGUUUACAUUUUCAAAUGAUCAUUUUUACACCAUUCCUAGGAAAUCAAAAUGUGCCAUCAUUGGUGAGCUGCUUUGAGAACGGGUUUGUGGGCACCAAGAAAAUGAAAGUCCAGCGAGACUGCUUGAGAACGAUAGGAUUUGAAAUCUCUGCCGGUCUGAUGUAGUUGUGCUAAUCGUGGUCAUCUCUUCCUAGUCUAGCUGACCCCUUCGUGGCUGUUACUCGCCCGCCCAUGGCAUUUCCGCUGCACCGCCACAGAGCACUCGCUCUAAAGUAUCCGUAUGUCGUGUUUUCCAACAAUACUUGGCUGUAUUUGUGAUGUCGGAUGUGGCUGUGCCGUGGCUUGCGUUCAUUGGCGCCAUUUGCUCGGGUGCCUCGCUCGCGGUCACAGUGAGUGAGUGAGUGACGAGAGCGCGCUCCCCUCGCCAGCGUGUAGGUCAUCGUGUGGCACAGUUCACGCCUUGGACGUGUGUGUGGAGAGGGGGCGUCUUUUGUUCCCAUUUGUGUCAAUAGCGGUGGCCGCAAGUUGGAAAGGUGCCUUCUGAGCAUAGACUAUAACUCGUGCGAGGGAUUCGAGUCGGAACCCGGCGUCGAAGGGUGACGACGACGUCAUACGGGCUGGGCAGAGCCAAGCUGGUUUGCAUAUUCAAAUGAGCGAUCCAAUCACAGCAAAGCUCAUUUACAUGUCACAUAGUAAGGAGAAAGCCCGAUGUUUGAAUAGCUCGGAAAAAGUACAACUUGAGCAUUUCCGUUCAAAAUGAUCAUGCCAACCAAAUCAAAGAGUCUCAAUAUUAAAUAGUAAAACGGGGAUAGAAAGAGACCUUAGACAUUAAAACUCUGUAAAACAACAACAAAAACGAUCGCUGUACAAGCAGGUGUGAUCCGGGGAGGAUUUAAAAAAACAAAACGAUGCUCUGAUGCGGGGGUUCGCUGUAUGGCAGGCCUGCUUUUUUUUUUUUUUUUUUUAUUCUGGAUGAGGUGGAGGUCAGUCACAGACGCGCUAACUCACUCGCUCCCUUUCAUUAUCCAACAGUGUUGCAAUUAAACAUUAUUUUUUUGUAGUAGUAGUAGUAUUUCUUUUGUAACUUUGACUAUUAAAUGGGAACAUCUCCCAAAAGAGAGCAACAGCGUUAACAAUUUUUUGUUGACAAGAAAAAGACAGAUCAUCAGGGGACCUGCAAUAAACGAUACAAUUUCA